CUAGUGCCACAUCAGACAACUCUCCCGUGUUCCUCCGCUUGCGAUGGCCUCGCCUGUGCAAGUUCUACUGUUCUGCUUAUGGCUUGCAGGAUACAUUGAAGCAAGGCGUCCCCGUGUCACGAACAGCACCUGCCCCGAACUUGGUGACUGCUCUUGUCGCGCGAUGACGAAUGGACUGGCAGUCAAGUGUACGAAAGUGCAGCGUGUGGGACGAGUACCGCAGGUCCUGGGGAUACUACAAGGAAGUCCUCUUGCGGAGCUCCUAGUUAUUGCGGUCCAUCUAAAGUCUAUACCCGCGUUUUACUUCGCGAACCUCACCAUCCGAAACCUCCGCAUGGAACGCUGCUCGCUGGAAUCUCUGGACGAUGAGGCAUUCGUCGACACGGGGCCGAUGCAGUCCCUGGACAUGUCCAACAAUCACCUCACGACGAUUCCGGGAGCACUCCGCUCGUUAAGUGGACUGCAAAAGCUAAAGCUAUCGAGCAACAGGAUUAAGGUCAUCAACGACGAAUUGGCUCAUCUGGCACCGACCCUGCAGGGUCUGCGGUUGAACGAUAAUUUGAUAGAAAGUAUCGAUAAGGACACGCUGAGGAACUUCAACGUGCUCUCGACCGUGGAUCUUUCGAGAAAUAGGCUUCGAGGCAUUCAUCGCCGCGCCUUCAGAGGGUUGCAGUCGCUGAAGAUGGUAGACUUGAAACAUAACGGCAUACAGUUUGUAGACGCUGCAUUUAAGCAGCUACCUGUGCUGGCGGAACUACGGCUUUCGUGGAACAACAUAACCAGCAUGGGAAGACUGACAUCGGCGUCGUCUCCUGGACUGCGCAUACUGACCCUAGACCACAAUCCCAUCGCCAACGUCACGUUCUUCGACACCAACGCUCUCGAUACCCUAAGCAUACAAAAUUGCAGCGCGUCUUACGUAAACCGGUACGCGUUCGUGUAUUCUCCACAGCUCAGGUACCUCGACUUAUCGGGAAACAAUAUAUCUUUCAUACCAGGCAGUGCCUUCUACAAGGAGUCAAAGCUCGUGCGACUGAGGGCCGUCGAGAAUUCAAUCACGACCCUGGAAGGCACGUUCAACGCUACACGACUCAUAGAGACCAUAGUGCUCUCCGGGAAUAAGAUAAGGGAGAUAAGCAACGCGUUCACUGGACUCAAACGACUCAUGCGUCUCAACUUGAACCGAAAUCGAAUCGAAUCGAUAGCGGACAUGACGUUCGAGACUAAUCGAAACUUGAAGGAACUGCAUCUGCUCGGUAACCGCAUAGAGUGGCUGGGCAAAGACGCCUUUCGCGGCAUCGUCAGUUUAGACAAGCUCUUGCUGAAUGGAAACCGGCUGACAAGCCUCAACGGUUCCCUCAGUUACAUGCCUAAACUACGGCACCUGUUCUUGGACGACAAUCGGUUGACUCGAAUAGGAGAGGGAGAUUUCGUGAACGUACCGCUCCUGAGGUACGUGCGAGCUAGCGACAAUAAUAUAAGCGAUGUCAGAGGAGCCUUCAGGUAUUCGGGAAACUUGCAGAGCGUCGUGCUAGAAGGCAACCGUCUCCAGCAGGUGCAUCGCGCCAGCUUUCCAGAAUCUCUCCGAGAUACGCUUUACGUAGCUCUCCAAGGAAACCCGCUCCAAUGCGACUGUCAGCUGACAUGGCUGCUCCCCCUGGUGCACCGCAAGAAUCCGACGAGGAUCCCAACUUGCGCUGGUCCAUCCUGGUUAGCGGGUCUGUCUCUGCUGAACGCUUCUGCGAGCAUGCUUCGCGACUCACCCGAAGACUGCGACCCCAGUUGUAGCUGCACGUGCCAGCCGGACGACCGGUACGGAAGGUCGAUCCACGUGGAUUGUUCCAAGGCCAACCUGACACGGACCCCCGAUGUGUUUCCGAGAGACGCCAGUGUCGUCGAUCUCAGCGGAAAUGAUCUGCGAACCCUGGGCAGCAGCUUGGUAGAUGGAGCGCCACACCUCGAGACACUACUGCUCAACAAGAACUCUUUCUCGGAGCUGAGUGUGAAGGAAAUCCCGAAAAGCCUCAAGAGCUUGGACUUGCGAAAUAAUAGUUUCACGAGGUUCCCGACAGACGUCGUGGUUGGAUUGAAUUUGACGUCUCUGUGGUUGGCUGGAAACGAAUGGAUCUGCGACUGCGACAGUUACGACUUCAAGCUGUGGACGCAAGUUAAUGACUUAGUGGUCCAGGAUGGAGCCUUGGCCAUCUGCGCAGCCGGAUCGAGCCCCGAAGUUCACGGGAAGGCGAUCAUCAACUUGGAGCUGAGGGACCUCUGCCCGUCGGACUCCUCAAGGGUCGUCUUUGCGGUUCCCGCCUUCGCGCUCUUAAUAAUCGUAUUAAGCGCCGCGAUGAUCUACCUGAAGCGCUCGCGCCAGAUCAAAGUGUGGCUCUUCGCCAGAGGUCUUCUGUGCGUCCAGGAGAACGAUAUGGACAGAGACAAAGCCUUCGACAUCUUCCUCUCGUUCAGUAGCAAGGACUCCGACUGGGCCUACGCCAACUUAGUUCCUCGAAUAGAAAGUGAAGGGUUCUCGGUGUGCACGUACGACAGGAACUUCAAGGGAGGAUUCCUUCUACAAGACAUCAUACAGGAGGCCGUGUCUUGUUCGCGUCGAACGCUGCUUCUCCUCACACAAAACUUUGUGGAGAGCGAGUGGUGCCGGUGGGAGUUUCGGGUGGCACACCACAACGCGCUCCGGGAAAGGAUCAACCGUCUCAUCGUGGUCGUCACAGAAGACAUUCCCGACGACGUGGACAAAGAACUGCUCGUGUACAUGAAGGCUACCUGCUACCUCCGCUGGGGAGAAAGAAAUUUCUGGAACAAACUCAUGUAUUCCCUGCCGAGGAAAAGCUGUAAUGCCGAACCAGGAAGUGUUCCGCUCUCCAUCAUACCUGCCGACGACGCUCGGUAAAAUUUCAUCCUGAAAGGAUUUGCACUUUCUGAGAUAAACAAGAACGUAUCCCUGGA